AUGGUAACAGCAGGGACCAAGCAUGGAGGAGCGGCCGCCUCUCCUUCCCCUCUCCACGUGGUGGUGUUCCCGUGGCUGGCGUUCGGGCACAUGAUCCCGUUCCUGGAGCUCUCCAAGCGUCUGGCGCGGCGCGGCCACGCCGUCACCUUCGUGUCCACGCCGCGGAACGCCGCCAGGCUGGGCGCCGUCCCGCCGGAGCUGUCCGCGCGCCUCCGCGUCGCCGCGCUGGAGCUGCCAGGCGUCGAGGGCCUGCCCCGCGGCGCCGAGUCCACCGCCGACGUCCCGCCCGAGCAGGUCGGCCUGCUCAAGAAGGCCUUCGACGGCCUCGCCGCGCCGUUCGCCGACCUCGUUGCCAAUGGCGACGCCACCGCGGGGUUCUCGAGGAAGCCCGACUUCAUCGUCCACGACUUCGCACAGAACUGGAUCUGGCCAGUCGCCGAGGAACACGAGAUCCCAUGCGCCGUCUUCGUCAUCUUUCCGGCGGCGAUCCUUGCCUUCCUGGGAUCGCGGGAGGGGAACGAGGCGCACCCGCGGAGCACGGCGGAGGACUACAUGGUCCCGCCGCCGUGGAUCGACUUCCCCUCCACCAUCGCGCACCGCCGCCACGAGGCCCGGGCCAUCGCCCCCUUGUUCCGGCCGAACGACUCCGGCGUGUCCGACAUGGACCGCUUCUGGGACAUGCAGCGCCCCUGCUGCCGCCUCAUCGUCCUCCGCAGCUGCCCCGAGGCCGAGCCCCGGCUGUUCCCGCUCCUCACCAAGCUCUACGCCAGGCCGGUCGUCCCCUCCGGCCUCCUCCUGCCCGACGAGCUCGUCGGCAGCGACGACGACGCCCCGGGCGGCGACCGAUCGUUCUCGGACGUCGUGCGGUGGCUGGACGAGCAGCCCCGGGGGUCGGUCAUCUACGUGGCGCUCGGGAGCGAGGCGCCCGUGACGGCGGACCACGUGCGGGAGCUCGCGCUCGGGCUGGAGCUCUCCAGCGCACGGUUCCUCUGGGCGCUCCGGCGCCCCGUCGGCCACUCCGGCGAGCUCCUCCCGGACGGGUUCGACCGCCGUGUCGCGGGGCGCGGCGUCGUGCGCACGGGGUGGGUGCCGCAGGUGCGCGUGCUCGCGCACGCUGCGGUGGGCGCGUUCCUGACGCACUGCGGCUGGGGCUCCACCGUCGAGAGCAUAUUCCGGUUCGGGCUCCCCCUCGUGAUGCUGCCGUUCGUCGCCGACCAGGGCCUCAUCGCGCGGGCCAUGGCGGCGCGCGGCGUCGGCGUCGAGGUGCCCAGGAACGAGGACGACGGGUCGUUCCGCGGGGACGACGUCGCGGCGGCGGUGCGGCGGGUGAUGGCGGAGGAGGAAGGCGUGGAGCUCGCGCGCAAUGCAAGGGAGCUGCAGAAGGUUGUGGGGGACAGGGUGAGGCAGGAGCGAUACGCCGAUGAGCUGGUCGAGUACCUGCAGCGUUACAAAUGAGAGGUCUGAAGUGUUGCUUGUGAACGUGUCUGAAGUCUGAACAAUGUUUCGUCAAAUCUGUUUGGGAUCUGGGAAACUGAAGAAUUGGUUAUUUUAUUUUAAUUGUGAAAUAUAAUUUCUCCGUGCCCGAGCAUGAAACAUCAUCCUCCAUCUGAUCUUCAGAGUUCAGUCAUACAGUUCCGUUCCCUUGAUGGUUGUCAGCAACGCUCUGAAG